UUUCCCAGUUGAUUUAAUACAUUUAACACCACAGGAAAACCAAAUUUUGUGCAAUACUAAGAAUACUCUUUAUAAAAAAAAUACCCCGUUUAUGAUCAGUACACAUGUACAGUUAGAAUGGUCUUACUGAUUAUACUAAUGUUGUUUUGGCAAACGUAUGAUAACUAUGCAGGACAAACUGGCAAGGAAGCAGCUAAACUAGCUCUUGAAUAUGUAAGUAGAAUCGAAAAAAAUCCUUGCACUGGUGGUACAGAAGAGACAUUGGACCUGACCUUCAACCAUACAGCAUGGGAAAAGUACACUCAACCUGCAAUUCUCACCGCAAAUUUCCUCACAUCGAUUAUCAUGAAGAAUAGUAAUUCACUUGAUUCCUUGACUGAUGAAAUGUUCUUCUCUCUAGUAAGAAAUAAUGUAAAUAGUAUAAAAACCGUAUUUGGAUCUUGCAUAGCUAUCGAACCAGGAAUAUAUUCAAAACAUCGUUUGUUUGUACCUUACUCGUACCGUCAGAAUGGGUUAGUGUUGGCCCAUGAUAUAGCAUUAUCGUAUAUGUACCAAGACAACCGAACUGAGUGGUAUUACAACUUAAAGGUCAGAAAUUGGGAAAAUGCAACACGAACUAUCUUCAAAACAAAAUACAGGUCAAGUAAAAAAUCAUUGCCGGAACAUGAAAUGGUUGUACUCACAGCCAAGCUAGAAGACGGCCAUUGGACUAAGCCGUACUUUGGUUGUGGAGGAGGGGAUAUUUGGAUGGUGACAUAUUCAUCACCCAUAUUUUCACUGGAUUUAACAGGAAGACCCAAGUUUCAAGGCAUAGCGUCAGUUGAUAUACAGUUAACAAAUAUUAACAUUAACCAAUGUGACCAAGAUUCAACGCAUAUUUUCAGCGAUAUUGACGUUUUUCGAGGAACGCAUAGGUGUCCUUCUACAACAGAGUGUAAGUUUAUAGAAGGACAAGGUUUUCAAAGAGGUGCUUAUGAGUGUGUCUGCUCCAAGGGAUACUACUUUCCAGAUAUAAACGCUCAAGUUAAGGCGUUCAGUGGUUUAGAAAUGGAAAAUUCGUCUGAUACGACUCAGUAUAAGUGUUUACCUUGUAAGGAGGGAUGUUCCGAAUGUGAUGAUGACUCACCCUGCCUUUAUGAAUACCAGUUUUUGUUCCGGUUCCUGCUAUUACUGCUUACUCUUCUAACAUUUAUUGCAAUCGGAGCAAUGCUUGCCUUCACAGUUAUCUUAAGGGAUAAACCGGUAAUAAAGGCUGGAAGUCCAAUGUUUCUGCUGCUUAUGUGUGCUGGUGGUUUACUGGUGUGUACUACGGGAUUUAUUGCGUAUCUGAAGCCUUCAGAAUUUAUAUGUGCUACACAGACCUGGGUGUUUCAUAUAGGUUUCAGUUUGAUGUAUGACGCACUUGUGGCAAAGACAUGGAGAAUAGCUAUCAUUUUUAAAUCAGCAAACACACUACAAAGAGUGUUUCUUCCAGAUAAAGAACUGUUGAAGAGGUUUUUUCCUCUAAUUUUCAUUAUUGCUAUGUUUCUUCUUAUUUGGACCAUAUCAGAGAGUGUCAAAACGGAAAUUUUGGAAACUUCCAAUCAUUUGAAAUAUGAAGUGUGUUUGAGCAGCUAUUUGGUGUAUGCUAUUCAAUGUGUUGAAGCGUUACUGCUACUACUUGGUGUUUAUUUGUGUUAUGUUGUGAGAAAAGCACCUGGACAUUUUAACGAAAGUAAAUACAUCACAUGGGCAGUUUAUAAUGGUAUCUUGCUUGGAAGUUUUCUCUUGAUUCUGACGCAUGUAAUUGGCCAUCACCACGGACCAGACAUGCUGUACCUGUUCGAAUGUCUUCAGAUUCAAGUUUUUGUUACUAUAACUCUGACGUUGAUUUACGUUCCUAAGUUGAUAGCUUUGUACAGAAAUGAUGAUAUAAAGAAAGGCUCCAAUACCUUCUCUUAUGGCGGCAAAAAUAAUAAAACAAACUCAAUUGACAUCGUUCAAUCAAAGGACAUACACAGUUAUGAAAUAAAAACAGCAGUCUCAAAGCCAAUUUUCAGCAACGAAUAUUUAAAAACGGACACUAGGCAACGUUGCCAAACUAAGUCGAUUGGUACGCAAACUCAUCUUACAUCGGACAUGAACAACUUGGAAGUCAGAUGAAAUAAAAAUAAAUUACCAAAA